GUAACGUUUCUCAGGAAUCUGAAAGGAUGAGGUACAGAUGCUGUGAUAAAGCGUACAGGAGAAGAAGACAUACAUUUAUCGUAUGCUUGAUGUUGCUGCUAGUAGUUGCUGUUUUACAAAAUACAAUUCGGAGUAUACCAACAUACUCAAGGAUACCAACCAUUUUUGUCAUAACUCCAACAGUUGCGAGGUUAGAACAAAAGGCAGAUCUUACUAGACUUUCAAACACUCUCCGCUUGGUACCAAACUUACACUGGAUAAUAAUUGAAGACGCCGAGAUAAAAACACCAAUGGCCACAAACUUCUUGGCCUCUUGUAGAAUUUCCUACACUCACUUAAACAGUUCAACACCACAAUCAAGUCGUCAAAAUAAAACUAGACAUCGUGGAGUAAUGCAAAGGAAUGCUGGUCUAGAUUGGAUUAGAGAACAACAGUUUAAGUCUGGCGUUGUAUACUUCGGUGAUGAUGACAAUACAUAUGAUAUACAAGUGUUUGAAGAGAUGCGGUACACAAAACGUGUGAGUAUAUGGCCUGUAGGGUUGGCCGGUGGCCUCGUGUAUGAAACCCCUUUUGUAAAAGAGGGAAAGGUAAUUGGAUUUCGGUCUUCGUCCAAACGGAGGAUGUUUGCAACUGAUAUGGCGGGUUUUGCUGUCAGUGUUAAAUUGCUAAAUGACAAACCAUCCGUACAAUUCCGUAUGACGGCUAAUGCUGGAUUCCUUGAGGAUGACUUACUGAAACAGUUAGGGAUAUCUUUAAAUGAUCUGGAACCUAAAGCUGAUGAAUGUAGCAAGGUUCUAGUAUGGCACACUAAGACGCAAAGAACAAAUCUGGGUUGGGAAGGACGACUUAAACACGAGUUAAAUAAGUCAAACAAAACUCUAGAGGUUUAAAUACCAUCUAUCAGACCAAUUAAAUGUAUUUACACAUUUUAUUAAAUAAGAUGUGGAUUUUAACUAAAACAAUGUCUAUGACUUGUUAUCUAUGCUCCAAGGAUUCAUUAAGGAUGCUAGAUUUUAUUUGUACUAUGACAAUAUAUGCGAGUAUGAUCAAUAUUUUAUCUUACGUAUAGCAAAAUUCGAACAGAUAAUUAAGGCACAAGCUAGGGACGUAUCCAUUGUUGUUUGAAGAGUUUGAAGAAAAACAUAGUUAAGGCAGGUACUGUAGAACGCAUUUUAUGACAUGGUUACAGGAUUGAAGACAAUAUCAAUGCACAUGACAAAGCAUCAUGUAGGAAGAAGGAAGAACAGAGCACCGCCUUUGAACAGUUGAGACAAAACACCACUAGAGAGUUGAAAGCAGUUGUCCAACACGAAAUCUUACUAUUGACCACUUACCAUGCUGAUAUAUAAAUAGAAUUCAUCCCCCAAAAAGCGAA